ACCACAGUGUCCGUGUCCGCUCACUCCGACUCGGGCUGUUGCCGUUUUCACAUCAAAACGUAGACUGGCAUCUACGCUGUUCGCUCGCGCACGAUCAGCUGUCCGCGUACCAACACGCCGCCGACACUGCAUAGCGAGCCAUCAAUAAGCCGCGGUGCGGUGUGACAUGGAGCUGCUGUGUGCGGAGCGUGUGAGUCCCGGUAGCAGCGAUGCGCCCCGGGCUGCGCCGGCGCCGCGGUCCGCCGUCCCGGACCCAGUGCUGCUGCGGCGCCGCGUGCUCGACAACCUGCUGGCCACUGAAGAGCGUUACGCCGUCACUGCCAACUACUUCAGCACCGUGCAGACGGAGAUCACCAGCCAUAUGCGCCGGCUAGUCGCCGAGUGGAUGCUAGAGAUAUGCGAAGAUCAGAACUGUCAGGAAGAGGUUUUCCCGCUGGCAAUAUCAUACUUGGACCGUUUCUUGAGCGUGUGCACGGUGGGCAAGAGUCAAGUGCAGCUGUUGGGUACAGCGUGCCUGCUACUGGCGUCAAAACUACGGGAGCCUAGUUCGCGGUGUCUGCCUGCCGAGCUGCUUAUCUUUUACACAGCAAACAGCAUAACCCUGGCAGAUCUCUGCAGCUGGGAAUUGUUGGUGCUGUCGAAACUGAAAUGGGACGUGGCUGGUGUGACAGCACACGACUUUCUACCAUUGCUGCUGACAAGGUUACCGCUUAGGGGUCUCGUCAACACCGAGAUGGUUCAGAGACAUGCGCAGACUUUUAUUGCGUUGGCCGCUAGAGAUUACGAGUUUACACUAUAUUCAGCCAGUACGCUGGCGUCGUGUAGCAUCGCGGCCGCCCUGCGAGGUCUCGGCCUCGACGGCCACCUACAGCGGCUGCACCAACUUACGCGCAUAGACUUGGAUUGUCUCCAAACAUGCCUGGAGCAAAUCGAACAAAUGGUGGAAAACAUGAUUGUGGAGCGAGCCAUCACUGUCCCAAACGGGCAGCGCAGGGAGGCGGCGGGGUGGACGCCCCCGCCCCCUCCUCAGGAUAAGGCGCACAGUAACGCCGCCACCCCCACCGACGUCAGAGACGUGCACUUCUAACGGCGGCCUGACUGUGCUGUGUACGAACUCAUUUCUUAUAAAUUGCUUUAAUUACGGUGCAGUACGAAAAUACUUUAAACUAGGUAGAUCAUUUAUUUGAUGAGUGCAUCCGUGAUAGAGGACUGAUACCAAGACUGACAAGCAUGUGUCUAGAUAACUACUUACAUAUGUAGUUUUUAUUAUAAGCCAUUUUAUUAAAUAAGAUAUGUAAGCCCUAUGUGCUACUUGUAUGUGUGGUGCGGUCAAGAUAAAUUUAGAUAACCUGCCCCCAAUAAGAUGCCCGACACGUUAUUGACUCUUAAUUUUCGAUUCGAAAUGUCGUUUUUGUUUAGUUUAUUUAGUAAUUCGAUUUCCUCAUUGAUAACAGAUAGAUAUAAAUAUGUCCCGACCGCGCCUCGUCCUACCAGUCCACACAGUAACACAAUACUUCCGGAGGCAUUACAUUGAAGGAGUUAACCUAAGAUACAUUUUUCAGUACUAGUUAAUGCGGUUCUUGAAAUUACAAACUACCUCUUAAUUAUAUAAGUAAUAAACUUCCGACACAUUUAUUAACGAUGCUGCCACUAAAGUGAGUACAUAAGUCAAUACUUAAUCCAGACUCCAAGGGACCAAAGUUAGCUUUUUACUACUUGAUUGAUAAAUGAACUGAUUUAUUUGUCAUAAUUUAUAAAAAAAAUAUAAUAUCGUGCAUAAUUUAUGCACAUUAGGGUUUUUGAGUCAAAACAUUUCAUUUUGAAUUUGAUUAAAUUCUUAUUACUUUUUAUUUAAGUCUCUUAAAAUAAUUCUUGAUUUACAUUAAUCGUGUUUUUAGCAAAGCAGUUCCAGAUAGGUACCAUGACCAAUUGCGAACACCUGUUUCUCGCCACGGAUAUACUGUUUAAUCCUUUUUAUACACAAUAAUUUACAUUACGUAUUAUAUACAUAUAUAUUAUACAUUAAGUUUGCUAAAAAUGAGACUAAUGUAAAUCAUUCAAAUGACAUAAUUUAAAUUCAUUAGUUUGUAAAAUGUGCCCUACUAAUCUAAAUAAUAGUAAAAUUACACAGAACUCGUAUGAACUUAUUUAAAUACUUAUAUUAUCUGUUCCAAUUUAUAUCGGGGGAAGGCAAUAAAUUACGCUUUGUAUUGUAAAAAUAUAACAUUUUGUUCAUAUAUUAUUAUAUUUAUGAUUUAUUACAGAUCAGUUAUAAAUAAAUGCACGUAUUAGCUAGAUGCCUUUUCAAAUGCAACCUACCUAUAUGUAUAAUUAUUAAUUUUAUUAAGAAAGUAGACAAAGGGCUGUAUAUUUUUGUUAUUGAUGAUUCUCCAUUAUGUAUAGGAAAAUUAAUUGUUUGUUCCUUUUUUUUUAUAAAAUACCAACAUUUUUAGUUUAACAUUUAAUGUGAAUGUGAUAGCGUUAAAAGUUGAUCGGACUUCAUAUUUUAGUCAUUUCCAGUCAUAAUACGUUAACUAAGCAAGUUUAUGUAAGGUUUGUUUGAUAUUAGGAAAAAAUAUAAAAAAAAUGUGAUUUAGGUAUGUAUCGGAUAAGAUGUUUAUGAUAUAGUAAUUAGUAAUUUAAUUUCAUAUUAUUGUUCCUAUAUUUGCAUCCAUUGGAAAUAAUAUACAAUAGUCAAGUUCCAUUACUUUGUACUUAAUAUCUACAAUUUAGUAAAAAAAAAAUCGGGGUUCAUUAAUUUCAUAAAUAAAUUGUGAUAGUUUUAUAAAAUUUAAGUGUCUUGCUUUUUUAUAAUAAGUACGGGUGAUUUACGCACAUUAUACUAAUAAUUAUAGACGUAAGUAAUGUACAUGCCCAGAAAAUAUAUUAAUACAAGAUAUAAGUAUAUAAAGUAGCCAACACGUGCUUAAUAUUUAGGUGGGCGAGUUGAAUUUAGAUGUCAAUGACUUACCUGAACUACCUAUCGAGUAUGAAAUAAAAUUUUAAAAAAUAAAAGAUUUUAGAAUUGCUAUCCUUGGUUACUACAUAUUAAGAAAUGAAAAGGAUAGUAUUAUUUUUCGUUCCAAAAUUAGACGAGUUUCCAAAUAUUCAGCACGCGAAUGACAUACUUUAGAUAUUCAACAAUGGUAUGCCACUAUGCAAUUUUUUUGCUUAGUAUAUACAAGAAGAAAAAAACAGUAGAUCGAUGUCUUCCAUUAGUUUAUAAGGCAGUCAGGGAGUAAUUACAAUAAUUAACAUGACAUGCCCGAUUACCUUAGACUUAGUGAAUAGUAACGAAUGAUAUAUUACGCGAUCUGGGAUCUUUGUAGAUAAUUUAGAAUUAAUUGUAAAUAAUGUCAUAUACUAAGAUAAUGCUAAAAGCAUGUGGUGCCAUAAAGAAACUACACUACUAUAUUUUAUAAAGCAAUAAAUCUAAAAUAUACAUAUACAGUUAUAUGUAAAUACCUCCUUCCAUUACAAUACUACCUAUAUCAAAUAUCUAAAAAUAAGCAAAUGAUACUAUUACACAUAUAUUUAUUUAUAUUGUCAUUAGUAAUAUAUUACAGAAGUAAGUACAGUUUAUGGUUGUGGCGAACAGUGUUGCCUAAAAUUUUAGGCAUCAGAAUUUGACUUUAAUGAAGUAGAUAUUUGUUAGUUUUUAUGUAAAAUUAUGUGGGAAAAUAUACGCAUUACAAGGUUAGUCUUAUCUAAUGCUUAUUAAGCGGCUUUUGGACUGGCUUACUGAAUAUAAUGUUAAGAAAUUUAGUUAUUUCUAUUGUAAAUUAGGAUUAAUGUCAAAAUUAGAGGAUUAUAUUGAUUUUUCCUAUGAUGUAAAUAGUGUUAUUAGAAUCGCACCAGAGUUUAGGUGUUUUAUGUUACUUUUCUAGCACAGAAGGUGCGUACUAAAUAUUAUACAAUAUUGUGUAGUCUUUAAGAAACACAUAUGACAUGCGAGAAUCAAAAUUGCAUAUUUUGAUUUUAUAUGCGAUUACUACUAUUAUAAGUUUGUCUUUGAAUGUAUGUUCGUUGCUGGGCUGAAAUGUAAAUAUUGAAAAAGAAAUAAAAUUAUUCGAAAUUAUA